AUGGCGCCGAUCAAGACCAUCGAAUACUUUCGUGUCAAGCCCCGAUGGCUGUUCGUCAAGAUAGUUGAUGCAGAGGGUCAUGUCGGUUGGGGAGAGGCAACCCUGGAGGGACAUACCCAGGCCGUGGAAGGCACUCUUCUCGGCUUCGUUGACCGCUUCCUCGGGCUCGAGGCUGAUGACAUUGAACAUAUCUGGCAGCUCGCCUGGAGACAGAGCUUCUAUCGCGGUGGCCCUGUAUUCAUGAGUGCUCUAGCCGGUAUAGACAUCGCACUCUGGGACCUCAAAGCCCGAAGGCUUGGUGUACCCAUCUACCAACUACUCGGAGGUAAAGUCCGACAAAAAGUUCAAGUGUAUGCUUGGAUUGGAGGUGAUCGUCCAUCUUCAGUCGCUGAAGCUGGCAAAGAGCGACUUGCUCAGGGCUUCCGCGCUGUCAAGAUGAAUGCCACUGAAGACGUGGGAUGGUUGGACUCGCCGUCUAAGCUUGACUCUGCUGUCGAAAGAGUAAAGACUGUGAAGGACUUGGGUUUGGAUGUCGCUGUUGAUUUCCAUGGGAGACUCCAUAAAGCUAUGGCGAAGCAAUUGGCACGCAAAUUAGACGGCUGCGAUGUUUUGUUCCUGGAAGAGCCACUUUUGAGUGAGCAUCCUGAGGGUAUCAAGCAGCUGUCAAAUCUGACGAGUUCGCCCAUCGCGCUUGGUGAGAGACUGUAUAGUCGUUGGGAUUUCAAGAGAUACUUCGAAGAUGCUUCUGUCGAUGUCAUCCAGCCUGACAUCUCACAUUGUGGAGGUAUUUCCGAGAUCAGAAGAAUCGCCGCUAUGGCGGAGACGUAUGACGUUGCCAUUGCUCCUCAUUGUCCUCUUGGACCCAUCGCUCUCGCAGCAUGUUUACAGAUCGGUCUCUCCACGCCUAAUCAUAUGAUCCAAGAGAUGUCUGUUGGUAUGCAUUACAAUACUGAGGCAGGUGAGCAUGAUAUUCACAGCUAUGUGCGCAACCCCGAAGUCUUCACGGUCAAGGACGGACACCUGGAUGCCUUUACUGGACCAGGAUUGGGAAUCGAAGUAGAUGAGGAAGCUGUCAGAAGGGUGGCUGAGAACACCGAGCCAUGGCCACUGGGCAAAUUCGUUGGUGUUGACGGUGCUUUGAGAGAGUGGUGA